UACCGCCGCCAUUUUAAGACUUCUUCUCCGCUUUGUCUUCUGACUACCGACUGUUUCCACCAUGUCCGACCAACUUCGCAAACUUUUCGUCGGCGGCCUGAACGUGGACACCGACGACGACGGCCUCCGCAGGCAUUUCGAGCAGUUCGGCACGCUCACCGACUGCGUGGUGGUCGUGAACAAACAUUUGCAGCGCUCGCGCUGCUUCGGCUUCGUCACCUACUCGAAGAUCGACGAGGCGGACGCAUGUGUGGCGGCGAAGCCGCACAUCAUCGACGGCAACAUGGUGGAGGUGAAGCGGGCCGUGGCCAGAGAGGACGCCAACAAGCCCGAGGCUCUCGCCAAGGUGAAGAAAGUCUUCGUGGGCGGCUUGAAAGACGAUAUCGAGGAGGAGCACCUGAAGCAGCACUUCGGUCAGUUCGGCCAGAUCGAGAAGGCCGAGGUCAUCUCCGAGAAGAACACUGGCAAGAAGCGUGGCUUCGGCUUCAUCCACUUCUGCGACAACGACGCGGCCGAUAAGGCCGUCGUAGUGAAGUUCCACACGGUGAACGGACACAAAGUGGAGGUGAAGAAGGCCCUGACCAAACAGGAGCUGAUGGGCCCCACCAGGGGCGCGAUGGUGCCGAGAGGAAGGGGAGGCCGCGGAAGCAUGAGGGGUAAUCAAAAUGGCUACGGCGCCAGAGACUAUGGCGGCAGCUACAACUACGGAAAUGGCGGCGGCGGAGGCUACGGUUAUGGAGGGUACGGCGGGCCGUACGGAGGUGGCUACGGUGAUCAGGGGAGCGGCUACGGUGGCGGCAACGGCUACAACGACUUCGGCGGUGGUUACGGUCAGCACCCGUCCAGUUACGGCCCCAUGAAGAUGACGCCGUUCGGGGGGAAUCAGAGGAGCGGUGCUCCUUACGGCAGAGGCGGCGGCGGAGGCGGCUACCCCCGCGGCGGCUACGGCGGCGGCUACUGAGUGGCUCUGCGGCUCUCACGAUUCGAGACUGCAAAGUAAAAUAAAGCGACUUCUGCUGUGAAACUCUACCCCCCCUACAAAAUCCCAUUGAGGACAUCAAAAAAGCCUGAACAGGUAGGAAGGUCACUUCCUAGAGAUGCUGAAUUUUACAGCAACGGCUGUUGCCGAUUGACUAGGACACAAAUUUAUCUGGUCUUGAAUAACUUUUUUUUUUUAAUGUACCCACGCCAAGGGCGUCUAGCUGUCGUUUAGAGUUGGCUUUCUUUUAUAUAUUUGCGUUGUUUUUGAAACCUUGAUGUAGAAUUUUUAGUUUUAUUUUUUUGCUUUUUUAUUUUCAGCGAUUAGAUUAGCUAAAACUCGUGUGACGUAAAAGAAAGCAUGUUCAUUGUUCUGGCUUAUUUAGCUGUCAUGUGUAUCCUCAUUAUUGCCAUGGUGACGUAAGAAUUUAUUCAAGAGAAAAAAAAAUCCAGUUUGUCUCCCAAUAUUGUUCUUACUCGAACUAUUCUUACUCAGUCUACCAAUAGUUUCAGUCUAUUGUUCAUUUAUCCACUGUAUAUUGUAUACUUGUCUGGACAACAAAACUUACUGUUUAAUCACUUUAUGCAUAUGUCUGUUCGUUUUAAAUAAAAGGUUAUACGAAUUAGCUUAGUUACUUUACUCAUUUAACCAGGUUUCCUCAAGUUAUUCCACAGGUUUUAAGUGCCAUCAUCUUGAUCUUUAGUUACACUUGGCAUCUUUACCACUGUUAAUUCCUUACACACUCAGGUGGGUGAAACGGAUGGUUGUAGUGUACCCACAGCCAACGCAUGUAGGCUUUUUUUUUUUUACUGUCAUCUUUAGAUUUUGUUGACAUUUCUAUUACAAACUGCUCUGUGAACAUGAGGGCUCUGAUAUUUAUCUUUGAUUAUUCCUAUAUUUAGGUGUUCAUACUUGUAUUCCAGUAGGCUAUCCCAGCCAAAAUAGCCGUAGCAGUUUGUUUUAGGCUACAUCAGGACCCUGUUGAUUACCUGGGGUCGAUUGUGAUAGGAGUCUGAAAUAUCUCUUUAGGAUAUCCACAUCCAGCAAACUAGGUAUGUAAAUCAACCUGUCUUCACUCUGUGUUGGUCAACAAUGUAAGGAGUAUCUUUAUGAUGGCGCACAAAUGUGCCAUAUUUUCAUUUAAAGCAGCUUUGACAACUUAAUCAUAGCUUUUAUAUGCGUCUUUAUGUAGCUAAUCUUAACAAUUGAAGGGGGAGGGAGGGUGUACUCUAUUUAGUGUCUUUAAUUAAGGGGGUGGGAGGGGACCCUGAUUUUGUUCCUGCAUUUAAAUAGUGGAACAAUUAAAUCAGUGUCUCCUCAAGACCCAUCAUGUUUGUCCAGCUUCUCACUCUGUUUCUCUCCCAUCUCCUCCAGGUUGUUACGGCAACCAGGGCAUGAGGACCUCUCCCCAUAAAGGGCGGGGUGUGUCUCCAUGGCGGUGGGGUGAUUGGAGUGGUUGUGCCUUCUCCCCAUCAGGAUGUGGCUGCUACGGAUGUGAUUGCUGAUCAUGUGUGAAAAAGAAACCAUCUGUUAUGCUGGCUGGUACUUUUAAUGAAUGUUAAUAAAUCAUGUAUUCUUCUAUA